AGACCUAAGGAGGGCCUUUGUUCUGUGGUUUUCAGCUGAAAGUGCCAACUGUCAUCAUUUCUACCAACUCCUUCUGGUGUCUCUCUGUCUGCACAACAGCCCACAAUGGUGAGGUCCCUGGCCUUCCAUCUGCUCCAUCUCCCCGUCUGCCUCGCCUUGGUCCUGCUGCUCACGCCCUGCUCAGCUCAGUUUGCUGUGAUUGGACCCCCUGAGCCCAUCCUGGCCAUGGUGGGUGAAGUCGCUAAGCUGCCCUGUCACCUGUCCCCGAAGAUGAGCGCUGAGUCCAUGGAGCUGAUGUGGGUGCGAUCCGGUCUCAGGCAGGUGGUGCGUGCAUAUGGAGAUGGCAAGGAAGGAACAGAGAUAGCAGAGUAUCGAGGGAGAACCUCCAUUUUAAGAGAGGACAUCGCUGAGGGGAAAGCUGCUCUGCGGAUUCACAACGUCAGAGUCUCUGACAGUGGAACCUACCAGUGUUAUUUCCAAGAUGCUGAUUUCUAUGAAAAAGCCCAGGUGGAGCUGAAGGUUGCAGCCCUGGGCUCUGAUCUUCACGUUGAAAUGAAGGGCUAUGAGGAUGGAGGGAUCCGUGUGGAGUGCACGUCUGCAGGCUGGUAUCCACAGCCCCACGUAGAGUGGAGAGGUGACGGGGGAGAGAGCUUGCCCACCAUGGCAGCGCCUGGGGCUGCAGAUGGACAGGGUCUGUACGCAGUCACGUCAUCUGUGAUCCUGAAAGGCGGCUCUGGGAAGGGGGUCUCCUGUGUCAUCAGAAACCCCCUGCUCAGCCAGGAGAAGACAGCCAUGGUCUCCAUUGCAGGCCCCUUCUUCUCCAGCCCGAAGCCCUGGCAGGUGGCCGUGGGGGUGACCAUUCUGGCUCUGCUGGUGCUCCUGUUCGGGACGGUGAUCUCUCGGGGGCGACAGCAGAAGAGAAUCCAGGCCUUGAUCCAGGGGACGGAGAGGCAGCAAGCUGAGAAAGAAGCAGCGCUGGCUGAGAAGCAGCGGGAGGGAAGCGCCCUAGAGACGCUGCAGGAGGAGCUCAGGAGGAUGAAGCAGCAGUACCUGGCAAGUGAGAGGUCUCAGGCCUAUGCUGAGUGGAAGAGGGCCCUUUACCAACCUGGUGAGUGAAUGACAGUGUGUUCCUUGGGACAACAACAGAGGGGCCUGGCUCCCUUUUUCUUCUCCAGUUGUUGACUGGGGGACAUCUGGGCGGGUAACAUGAGCUCCCCACUGUGUGCCCAUCUGCUUCCAAGAGUGCCAGGGACAGCUGCUGCCCUGGGCUUCCCCAGGUUUGUGUGGGAAGGAGGAGGCAUGAGGGGUACAGCUGGGGGCAGGGGCUGGAGGGAGAAGGAGGAGGUGACCUGACCCAGGUGCUGCCCCUUCUGCUCUGAGGCUCCUCAAGGUGUUCAAUGUCUCUGAGUCCCUUUGAGAUGAUGGUGGCCAUUCCUACUAUGUGAGGGUGGAUUUAAGACUAGACGAGGU